UUCAAAUAUGAAACUCAGACGGAGAGCUAUUUUAGUUAUGCUUGAGAACAGCACGUUUGUGUAGGCAGAUCCAGGUAGUUUGAUUCCAAAAGAAUUUCAGGUUAAAGUCCCAGAGUGUUUUCCAUUAACUUUGGACGUCAAGGACACUGAGCAACCAGAAACUUAUUUCGACAGUCAAGGUAAUCAUGGCACUGUCUUUGUCCUCCCCGUGUGGAUACCCCUACGAUGAGGACGAAGACUUAGCUGUGUUUGAGUCCACGGCAGCAGAGUUCGGAGGUCCGGCCAGACCUCGCUUACCAGAGAUCUCGGUCAUUUCUCCAGGCCUGAGCAGUCAUCCAUCUGUUAGAGAAUCGAAACUAGCAGUGAAACCAGCUGCAGGGAGAAAAGGGAGCUGCGAUGACAGUAGCACAGAGAGGGUGAAGGUUUUUCUGCGUAUUCGUCCACUUUCUGACACUGAGCAAGACAAGGGCGAAGAGCAGGGUUGUGUGGCUGUCCAAGAUGAGGAGACUCUGCUGCUUAAAGCUCCAAAAGAAUCUCAGAACAUAAAGACUGCAGAGAAAGGCAUCACCCAAAGUAUGCACAAGUUCAGUUUCUCAAAGAUUUUCGGCCCAGAGACCACGCAGCAGCAGUUUUAUGAGAACACGAUGAAGAAGAUGGUGCAAGAUGUGCUUCAAGGAGAAAACAGACUCCUCUAUACUUAUGGUGUUACAAACUCUGGAAAGACGUACACCAUUCAGGGCAGUGGUCGAGAGGCUGGCCUGCUGCCUCGGGCUUUGGCGUCCCUGUUCAGGAAACUGCAGGGUCGUCUCUAUGGUGCCAUGAACCUCAAACCUGUCAUGUUUCAGGAUGUAAGGCAGCUUGACUCUGCUGAGGUCAGGGCAGAGGAAAUCCGCAGAAAUUCUCUUCUUAAAGAGGAUGAGAAUCAAAACUCUCGUCGAGGUGGCACUACGACUAUCUGGGACAGCGGCAUUGGAGGAUUAUCCUCUACGUGUAACAUUCCCACCCAGCUUGAAGACACUGACAGUGUUUGUCUGGAGCCUGACAGCCUCUCAAACAGUGGAGGAGAUGAUCUGCAGGAAGGGGUACAGUUUUCUAUCUGGGUGUCCUUCUAUGAAAUCUACAACGAGUUCCUGUACGACCUGCUGGAUGCUUCGCCCUCCCUGCAGCCCAGAAAGAGAGCCACGCUGCGCCUCAGUGACGACAAGCACGGCAACCCCUAUGUGAAAGACCUCACCUGGGUCCAGGUCCGCAGUGCAGAGGAAGCCUGGAGGAUUUUGAGGGCUGGACGUCGUAACCAGAGCUUUGCAAGCACUCACCUCAACCACAACUCAAGCCGCAGCCAUAGCAUUUUCUCCAUCCGUGUUGUGCAUGUUCGCCAAGAAGCAGAUACCGGCAUGGCCACGAACACCAGCGAACUGACUGUGUGUGAUCUGGCGGGGUCUGAACGUUGUAAAGAGCAGCGUAAUGGUGAGAGGAUGAAGGAGGCCAACAACAUCAACACCUCUCUGCUAACACUGGGGCGCUGUAUCGCUGCACUAAGACACAACCAGAACAACAAGUCGCGGCCUCCCCAGGUGGUGCCCUUCAGGGACAGUAAACUGACCCGAGUCCUGCAGGGCUUCUUCUGUGGCCGAGGAACCUCCAGCAUGGUGGUGAACAUCAACCCAUGUGCCUCCGUCUAUGACGAGACACUCCAAGCUCUGAAAUUCUCAGCCAUUGCAUCACAGCUGGUCCACGGUCCGUCCACAAAGACCAGAGUGGCCUAUAUCCUGUCCCUGCUGCGUGAGCCUACAGCCCAGGGUAAUGAGAGCACGGUAUUGGAAGAGGACGAGGAUGAGAGUGAUGUUGAAGAUGGAGAUGUCACCAUGUCGAACACUGAGGCUCUGCUGCAGGCUAUAGAUGUCCUGAAGUGGGAAGUUCGGCGCCAACGGGAGGAGAAAGAGGCUCUUGAGGCAAAUGUGAGAGAGCAGGUGGUGUCUGAGAUGAUGGAGGUCGUCAACAGAAUGCAGGAUGAUUUCAGAGAGACCCUGGAGACAGAAAAGGCUAUAAUCGAAGAGAGAUAUGAGGAGAAAAUAUCAAUCAUUCAAAAACAUCUGAAGAAAUUCUACACCCAGGAGCUGAAGGAGAGAGAUCAGGAGAUAGAAGCUUUAUCUGCUGAUCUUGAGAAGAAGUGUCAGACCGAGUCAGUACAUGUGUUGGUGCCACAGAUGGACUCUGAGGGGCUGCGGCGAUCUCAGCGCAUAAAUGCCAAUAGUGAAGUCAGCCGGCUCCAUGCUGAACUCGACCAGUGUCGUGCUGAGCUGAUCUCAAAGACUCAAGAGCUCAUUAAGCUGAAGAUGCAGCUGGAAGUUCCAGGUUCAACGGGCACCCUGACCUCUGCCGCUGAUCGCAAACUAGAGGAGGGACAACGGAAUCUACGGCAGCUGCGCCUGGAUCUGCAGAGACUCGGGACGGAUCUGCAGUCUGGAGAACGAGCCUGCUGUCGGAACACAGGAGGAGAGAGGCUGCGCCAGGCGUUGACAGCUGCAGAUGAGACCCUCGUCAAACAGGACCAGAUCCUAGUGGAGCUCCAGAAUGGCCUGAUGCUCGUAAAAGCCGACUUAAGGCGAAAAGCACAGACCCUCGCCCAGACACAGGCCCCUGUCCGGCCCCAGAUGCCCCCCUUGGGUUCUGCCCCCUCCACCACCACUGGUUCCUGUAAGAAGAGGGGCUGUGCAGCUGCUGGAUCGAGCGACAACGAGAACCGACCUCCACAGAAACGGCAGUUUUUCCAGUCUCUGUUCCCGACGUGUACCCCAACGCGUAAAUACAACACUCGGGCGUGUCAGGGGGCAAACACUCCCUACUCACAGAUCCUGAGGUCUCGUCAGCCUUCUCCCCCUCCCAGCCCUCUCCUCACCCCUCGCAGUGUCAGAGGGAAGUACUGAACACUAUGAAGCCUCAUUGGGAGUCUGCGCCUUUUAUAUUAUGCAAAAAAAAGUUAUAACUGCCAAGAUGCUGAGGUUUUUAUAUACGUUUUGUAGUUAAUCACCUCUUGUGGCUCAGUUAGCUCACUGUUGUCAUGCCAAAUACAGAUAAGAUUUUCAUGCAUGAGAAAUGAAUGCUUUAAACAGGGUUGGAGUUUGCUAGUAGUGCUUUCAGCUGCUCACUGGUUAACGGUUGGUCAGUGUCAGUUAAAAAUAGUGUGUGCGUGAAUUAACCUUGUCUGCUACUGCCUUUGCUGUACGUUUUAUUUGUGUUUUCUUGAUGUUUCUGUAAAGGUUGGGAGUUAUCUUUAUUUUUACUGCGGAAAACAAAUGCAUUUUACUUUUUUCACUGUAAAUAUUUGAGGUCUGUUGUGGUUUCAUGCUUGAUUCAACAUUAAACAAAAAGCUGACAGCU